AUGAACCGCGCCGGCAACUUGAUCGCCGUCUUGAGCCUCCGCAGAUCAGACGGGGGAGACUCACGCGAUCGAAUUGUCAGGUCCGACUUCCGCGGGUCAUCCCGCUCCGUCCUCGCGUCCACCCAGCCAAGCUCGCGCAGCACACGGCUAUUUAAACCCUUUUGUUCUAGAGAGCGUGGGACGCCAACCAACAUGAAUGGGGGAAGCAUCUGCCCAACCACACGGCCAUCUGACUUGUCCAGAUACGCCAGGAUCAUCAGUGGUAUGCUAGACGGACAGCAUCGCUUCUCCGGGCGCGCAAUGUGGAGGGGUUCGAGCCGACGGUUUGCUAGUUUGGAGCUCCGAGGCGGCGUUUCGUGGUGGCUUGCAUUGCCGUUUCGCUGGCGGAGUCGCAAGAUUGCCGGUGCAUCCGUACUAUGCAGGCAGUCGGCGUCGUUGGGGCUUUGUGUGCCCGUCCUGCCAGUAGGCUCACAGACGCCGGGCUUUGACAAGCGAAGAAUCCGCGAGUUAUUAGCAGUCAAAACUGGGGUGAGGGGAGAAUCCGGAGGCGAGCUCAACGGUGUUGACGAUUGGGAGUGUCCAGAAGAAGAGGCCAUAUCGGCGGGUGGUUCCGAGGCGUUUGUGUCCUGACCCUUCUCGUCAGCGGCCGGGGUUACGUCCUCGGUUUCCUAUGCCAAGACAGCAUCAACAAACCUCUCCUAGGAAGAAGCUCAAGUCAAAUCUCGUGGGGCCCCAUGCUCGCGCCAGACUUAACGGAUAUGGCUCUCAAGUCACCGGCAAAUUCUUCAAUAGGGUUGAUAUCAGGCGAGAUCGAUUGCAUCAGGAUAAUUACUCCCGCGGCUCCAUACACUUACCAUACUCUCUCCAUCCGGAUAAUCAGCACAUAGUUCGGCUCCGGCCACCUUCCG